UCGUGCCAUCCAUCAUCCUCAGGUGUACCACCCGAACAUCAACGCGGAAGGGGAGAUGACGCUGGACAUCUUCCGCUACGGGAACUGGAGCGGGGCGAUGACCGUCCACAAGCUCCUCCUCCUAAUCGUCUCCGAGCUCCGCGACCCCAUGCUCCACGACCACCUGACCAACGACGAGGCCAACGACGUGUACGAGAGCGACCUCGAGCUCUUCGAGCAGAUGGCCAUGGCGUGGACCUGGGAGUACUCCACGCCCAUCAUCUCCGACCUCCCGCCGGUCGAGAAAGACGAGCGGCGGCUGGAAGUGAACGGCUGCGUGGCCGCCGUUGCUAGGCGUUCUGCCAGAGAGGCGGAAGAGUGGCUGCGCCGCUACGAGGCGGAGACGAGCGGAAUCCAAUUCGGCACGCGAGCGUCAGCGAGCGUCGCAGCGCUCGGUUUUCCGACCGUCCGCCCACGUGCGUGGGUCCUACCAUGUAUAUAUGAACUGCUUUUUACUCUUUAUUUCCCCAUUCUGGUCAUCGUGGAAGACGCCGACGGCGGCGAUGAUACGCGGCCGGCCAUUGGCGGCAUCUGA